AUGCCCCCCGCCGCCAAGAGGACCAAAAAGGCCGCCGCUGCGGCCGCCCCCAUCGACGCCGCGCCCGCCGGCUCGCUCCCGGCCGACUUCAAGCCCGCGCAGGCCAAGCAGGCCGUCACUUCGUUGUUGGCCUACCACGCCAAGGUCACCAAGGAGCGCGAGGAGACCGAGCUCAUGCCCCGCGAGGAGCACGUCUGGCUCACUGUCAACACCAAGACUGGAAGCACGCACAAGAAGCUGAUGCCUGUCAAGAUCCAGCUCCCCAACGCUCCUCUCCCCCCUCCCCCCGCCACCUCGGUCUGCCUGAUCUCCAAGGACCCCCAGCGCGAGUACAAGGACCUGCUCGAGGCGCAGGGUGUCAAGUUCAUCUCGCGCGUCGUCGGCGUCGACAAGCUCAAGGGCAAGUUUAAGCCGUUCGAGCCCCGCCGCCAGCUGCGCAACGAGCACGAGCUGUUCCUGUGCGACGACCGCGUACUCCCACUCAUGCCCAAGCUGCUCGGCAAGAUGUUCUUUGACGUCAAGAAGCAGCCCAUCCCCGUCAACCUCCUGCGCAAGGACCUCAAGGCCGAGCUCGCCCGCGCCAUCAACAGCACCUACUUCCACCCCUCGACGGGUACCUCGCACUCGAUCAGGAUAGCCACUCCGGGCACGACCACGGCCGAGCAGACGCUCGCAAACUUGCUCGCGGCGGUGCCUGCGGCCGUCGGCCAGAUCCCCGGUGGAUGGGACAAUGUCCUCAGCGUCGGCAUCAAGACCAGCUCGUCGGUCCUCCUGCCCGUGUGGAACGCCAAGCUCGACGGCCGUUUCGCUGCCGCUGGUGCCGCUGAGGGCGACGUCGCGAUGGAGGUCGUGGAGGAGGUCAAGGAGGUCAAGAAGGCUGCCCCGGCCAAGAAGACUGUGGACAAGGCCCCCGUCAAGGCCGCCGCGGCCGCCGCCGAGACGCCCAAGAAGAAGUCGUCGACAAUCGGUUCCGGCGCCGUCAGCAAGCCCAAGAAGGAGGCUGUUGGCAAGAAGCCCGCCGCCAAGGGCAAGGCGGCCCCCAAGGCCAAGAAGGCCGCCAAGUAG